AUGAAUGAUGAAAUUAAAGGUUGUUUGAUGAACCAUAUGCGAUGCGAAGAGCACCACAGUGAACUGGAGUUGGCAUUCAACGAAGGAUUCGAAAAAUUCCGAGCAUUCGCGGCAACUACUCAUACAAGUUAUAAUUGGGACUAUGUGUCCCCUGAUGCUGUGAGAGAGAUACUAGACGAUGGUGGUGACAUGAAUGAGCAUAAGCACGUCAAAGCUGCUCGGAAGAAGCCGACCGAUACGACUAAGUGA